GCGGAGGCCGGGCCCUGGAAGUCGCGGGCUCCACUGAGUGAGGCCCAGUGGGCCGCUCACGGAGAGCAGGGUCGAAGGGAGAAAGCGGGGGAAGUCAGUCCGACCCGAUCAUAUGUGGAGAGGGACAAGCCUGGACUAUAUGGGCGAGCCGGAGCCGACCUGGCGGGGAAGCGGAGCCUCAUGGUUGGCCCCUGUUUGGUCAGAGGCCUGUGAACUUGGAGGGAAAGACUCCGUGUGCCGGGCCCGGCUGGGCAGGACCAGGCUGCGCCGGCUUGGCCUCGGGCGGAGGGAGGCGGGGCCGCAGGCUUGUCCUCGAUCUUCUCCACCAUGGCCCGACGCACCCGCAGCAGCCGGGCCUGGCAUUUUGUUCUGAGCGGGGCCCGCCGGGAGGCAGAUGCCCGAGCUGUGGCUUUGGCCUCUGGCACCACCAACUGGGGCUAUGAUUCUGAUGGACAGCACAGUGACUCAGACUCGGAGGCAGAGUUUCCCUCCCUGCCACCCUCCAUCCCCAGUGCUGUGCCUGUGACUGGGGAAUCCUACUGUGACUGUGAGAGCCAAAGCGAAACUCCGUACUGUGCCAGCCUCCACAGCAGCCAUCGAAGCAGGGACUGCCAGUGUGGCGAGGAAGACGACUAUUUUGAUUGGGUAUGGGAUGAUCUGAACAAAUCGACAGCCACUCUGCUAAGUUGUGACAACCGCAAAGUCAAUUUCCACAUGGAAUACAGCUGUGGCACGGCAGCCAUUCGGGGGAACAAGGAACUAUGCGAAGGCCAGCACUUUUGGGAGAUUAAAAUGACUUCUCCGGUCUACGGCACUGAUAUGAUGGUUGGUAUUGGGACAUCAGAUGUAAAUCUGGACAAGUACCGCCAUACAUUCUGCAGCUUGCUGGGCAAGGAUGAAGACAGCUGGGGUCUCUCCUACACAGGGCUUCUCCAUCACAAGGGUGACAAGAUGAGCUUCUCAUCAAGGUUUGGCCAAGGCUCCAUCAUCGGGGUUCACCUAGAUACUUGGCAUGGGACACUGACCUUCUUCAAAAACAGGAAAUGCAUAGGAGUUGCUGCCACCAAACUGCAGAACAAGAAAUUCUACCCCAUGGUUUGCUCCACUGCCGCCAAGAGCAGCAUGAAGGUGAUCCGUUCCUGUGCCAGCCUCACUUCCCUGCAGUAUCUAUGUUGCUACCGCCUGCGCCAACUGCUGCCUGACUCUGGGGACACACUGGAAGGAUUGCCUCUGCCACCUGGCCUCAAGCAGGUGCUGCACAACAAACUGGGCUGGGUCCUGAGCAUGAACUGUAGCCCCCUGCCGUCACCGUCCACCAAGGUGGCAGCGUGCUCAGGGAGCCCAGAGGCCAAGCCCUGUCAAAGGAAGAGGUGUCGCCGGACUUAACUUAUUUUCCAAUGAAAACUGCCUUGUUGGGCUUGGGGCGACUUCUCUUUCUUUUCCCUUCCUCCACACACUCAUGGGACAAGAGGGAAGGUUGGGAGGGGAGAUUGCCUAUCCCCAUCCUCGGGGCCAGCUCCACUGGUUUGAAUUUGCCAAGAGAUUCCCCUCAUUCAGGAACUAGGUUAGAUCACGGCACCUGCUCUUCACCUGGACUGGAACCAAGAGUAUCAGAUGAUCACAGUGAGGCUCCCUGAGCCCAAGGGUCAUUCCAGGUCCUCUUUUGGGUGGUGGAGUUUGCAUUGCCACCCCCUCCCUGGGGUGGGGGGAGCCUAGCCUCAGCUGUUCUCAGACAUCUGGCUGAGAGGGGCUGGGAGAAAAGCCUGGUUAAUAAAUAUUAAGAUGUGUGUCUGUGUUUCCCCUCCACCCCUUGGGGCUUCAGAUCUCGGAGCUCGGAUUUUUUUUUUUAAGAACCUGCUUUUGCAUGUUGUCAGCUUCUGCUCCUGUAUCAAAUCACUGUAAUAAAGUCGAAAUAGUUUAUAUUGAAUUACGGAUGCCACCAAAAAGUCAAUGGGCCAAUGUUUAGGAGUUGGGGGGUGUGUGAUGUUUAAGGGGGGUGGUCCGAGCGUCAGUUACGGGGUCAUACAGGUACUAUGACCCUGUGGUGCACUUUACUGACAAGAAAACUGAAGCUUGGAUGACAGAGGUGAUUUGUAGUGGCAGAGCCAAGACACCAGGAUCGUGGCCUUGUGCCUUUGGCAUCUUAGCAUCUUGCUAAGAUGAUAAGGAGUGGUCAGGAUCUCUAAUCCCCUGCUU